UCUGUUCUACCCGUGAUGCCAACAUUUCCAACGGACCGUGAAGGCAGCAAACGCGGACCGCUAAUUGGAGGCAGAUCUCCGCGCGAGGAGGGGCUUGUUCAACGUCUGCGUCGCGAGGCUGCGGAGUGCGGAGGCAGCGAGCGCUUUAAACACCGCGGCGCCCCCGGUGGAAGUAUUCGCCCAAGCGGAGGGCAUGUUUGUGGAGUAUUCGCGUACUUCAACUUGAGGAUGGAGAACUCGUGUCUGGACCUGGCUCUGGAAGGGGAGCGGCUCUGUAAGUCUGGUGACUAUCGUGCCGGUGUGUCCUUCUUUGAGUCUGCCAUCCAGGUUGGAACAGAGGACCUUCAGAUACUUAGUGCCAUCUACAGCCAGCUGGGAAAUGCCUACUUUCACCUUCAAGAGUACCACAAAGCCCUGGAGUACCACCGCCAUGACCUCACACUUACGAGAACAAUUGGAGAUGAACCUGGUGAGGCGAAAGCCAGUGGCAAUCUUGGGAACACAUUGAAGCUAUUAGGACGGUACGAUGAAGCAGUAGUUUGUUGCCAAAGACAUUUGGAUAUCACCAGAGCCACGUAUGACAAGGUUGGGCAGGCUCGAGCGCUAUAUAAUUUCGGAAACGUUUACCACGCCAAUGGCAAGAGCAUCUGCUGGAGUGGAGCCGAGCCAGGAGAGUUCCCGGAGGAGGCCAAGAUUGCUCUGAGGAAAGCUGCACAGUACUACGAGGCAAACCUGUGCUUGGUGAAGGACCUCGGCGAUCGAGCAGCCCAAGGUCGUACCCAUGGUAACCUUGGCAACACUUACUAUCUUCUGGGGGACUUUGAAGAUGCUGCAGCUGCACACGAAAAGCGGCUGCUCAUCGCCAAAGAGUUUGGGGAUAAGUCUGCUGAGAGGAGAGCCCACUGUAACCUUGGCAAUGCUCACAUAUUCCUCAGCCAGUUUGAAGUGGCGGCUGGUCAUUACAAGAGGACUCUGCAGCUGGCCAGGCUUUUGAAGGACAAAGCUGUGGAGGCCCAGGCCUGUUACAGUCUGGGCAACACCUACACACUACUGCAGGACUAUGAGAGAGCCAUUGACUACCACCUCAAACAUCUGGUCAUUGCUCAGGACCUCAAUGACAGAGUCGGCGAAGGACGAGCAUACUGGAGUCUAGGAAAUGCCCACACCGCCCUGGGGAAUCAUCAGCAAGCCAUGUACUUUGCAGAGAAGCAUCUAGAAAUUGCCAAAGAGACUGGAGACCGAAGUGCCGAGGAGACAGCCAGGAUGAACCUGUCUGACCUACGGGUGGUCGUAGGCCUCAAGUCCAGCUUUCAUUCCAACAGCUUCCGCAACGCCAACACGAAUAGCUCUUCUCUGCCCGCUGGCUUCCCUCCAAAUUCAUUCUCGGGGGUCAAGCCUUCAGUAAGGGUAGGAGGCUGUGCAGAGAACCUGGAAAAGAAUCGAUGUCCUGACACAAAUCAAACUGGGAAUUCAUCUGCACAUCCAGACUGGGAAGAAGACGUAUUUCCUGGCUCCUCAAAAAACAACACUAUCAAGUCUUCUCCAAAGCUCUUCCUCUUCCAUCGGCUGAAAAGCAAAAAGCAGAAGAACCCCAAAUCGUCUCCUAAAGAUCAGCAUGAAAAGUGUACUGAGCACUCGGCUCCUAAGCUGGAAGCACCAGGGUCUCCUCAGCUUGGAUCACGGGACACUAUUGCAGAGGACGGCUUUUUCGACCUCCUCUCUCGUUUCCAGGGCAACAGAAUGGACGACCAAAGGUGCUCCCUAAUGGAUGGCCAGAGCCAUCUCACUGCUCAUUCCUCUCCCUCCUCAUCCCCACCUGUAGCUGACAGGAAAUCCACGUUGGGGUCCGAAACACCAUUGCAGGAUCCUGGUCAUUUCCUGGAGCUGCUGGACAGCUCCCAGGCCCGUCGUCUGGACGACCAACGAGUCAGCCAGAGCCAUUUUCCUGGCUUACGACUCAGCACCUACAACCUGCCUUGUACACCCUCCACCUCCAGCACAAAUCAAGCCCCGCCACAAGCACCGAUCUGCAGCACAGAUACGCCUCACACACAGUCCCUGUACAGUCGCCUCGAGGCAACUGCUGAGAAGCCCCAAGGGGACGAUGUCUUCUUUGACAUGCUAGUCAAGUGCCAGGGCUCCAGACUGAACGAUCAGAGGUGUGCUGCGCCACCUUCUAAAAGUAAAGGACCAACCGUUCCAGAUGAAGACUUUUUCAGUCUCAUUGUGCGUUCGCAGUCCAACAGGAUGGAGGAGCAGCGAGUCCUGGCCCCUCUUGGCAUAACCCAAUCCAAACCAGACUGAUUCCACGAGUGAACAAUCCCCUUUUUUAGUGUUUUCUUUUCCUUUUUUUGGAAUCCCAAUACAAGAUUGCAACAAUGCAAGGUCUCAGACAUUACAAAACUGCUCUCUGUGACUGUAAACAAAGGAAUUUAGGUAUUUGAUGUAUGGACUUGUGUGACCGACUCUUUGCAGUCAUCACCUUUUUUGUGGUGCCCCAAUCCUGGACCAAGACUGCCAGCGGCUUGUGCCUACUCCGGAGGCUUGCAUCAAGCCAUUCACAUAAACUGGGUUGUGUUGUCUGGACUAAAGGACAUGAGCCAAACUGAUUCAUGAUGGACCGGAGACUCUC